AUGCGGUCGGCGACUGGUGAAGCUCCUACUCUGAAUCAUAUGAGUUCGACAUUUCCUGACCUCGACAGCCUUAAUGCAAGAGAAGAGGUUCAAUCCUCACACUCAGGAUCAGCUAAAAACGGACUCUCGCCCAGCGAUGCCGCAGAACACAGAGAGAGACUCGAGAGGCGCCUUCAAGCCCAACUAAGAGAUGGAAGCCGCAGCAAAAACGUUAAACGGCUAGAAGAUCCCAUAGCCAAGCAUCUUAUACGCGUAGCAGGAAACCCAGCAUACAGAUUCGUGGAUACCUCAAUUAAACGGCAUAACUCGGCUUCGACAGAUGAUAAUGAGCUGCCUCCCAGUAACCUCCAUGACCCCAGUUCUAUAAAAGCGCACCCACGGCUGAACGCAAACGUUGAAACGCACUUCGUCAGCAACAGGAUUUUGCGGAAGGUGGCUGGUUUCCACUCGUAUGAUGAUGGCUGCGUUGCUGAGAUGCGAAUGCCAGAGCCGGCCGAGAAUUGGGGGAAUAUUCGGCUGCUGCUUUGCCUGGGCAACAUCCCCUCAUCACUUGGCUCAAUACGAAGGGAUCAAACACCAACUGCAUCCAGUGUGAAUUCGGAUUUCUUAGAUCCUGGGACGGUUGGAACCUUGCUCCGGACAGCAGCCGCACUGCAGUGGCAAGGCGCUUGGAUCCUACCUUCGUGCCCAGACAUCUUUAACCCACUCGCAAUCAGGGCGUCACAGGGUGCGCUGUUUUGGCUACCAUAUCGUCGAGGUACCGUGAAGGAGCUCAUUCAACUGUGUCAGGAUAAGGAACUGGCAAUAUGCGUACCCCACGAAGGAGGUAUCCCGGUGCGCACAGAUGGGAUUUUCGAGAGGCGGCAGAAGAAAGGUGUCUGUCUUGUGCUCGACUCCAGCCUGAUAAGUGCUGCAGAGCUGUAUCGUGAAAAUCAGACAAUCAGGCUAUCACCCAGUCGACUUGAAAGCCAUGAAGGCUCUACAGAAAUGUCCAACAAGUCGAAGAAGGCGUUUGCACAAACGGAAAAGCCUGGCUUCAAGCCGGACGUAUUCCUAUCACUUGGCAGCGAUGUUGCGCCGAAAGGGAGUAUGGGCCUUCUGCAUCCUGUCACAACAGCUUCACUGCUACUAUAUCACACAAAGCAGUGGCAUUUUCCUUCUCUAGGAGGUUCUCCUCAUCUUUUUUCUGUGAAGCAAAAACGCUAA